UGCAAUGAGAAGAUUGGACUUUCAGUUUAUGCAGCUAUUUUCUUCCACAAGAUGAAGAAAGGCUUUGAAGAUCCUUCCCAGAAUCAGCCUGGACCUGCCUCAGGACAGGACCUGGCUGGAUCACCUGGUUCUUCUCUCCCAUUUCCUCUGGAGGAAUAUAUCCUCAGUCUCUCAGACGAGGAAUGGAAGAGGUUCAACGACAUGUUAGAAACUCCUAUGACAAGGAGCCAGUUUGUGAAGAUCUCGAAGACGGUCCUGAACAUGGUUAAUGGCAGCUCAUUCCGCCUGGUUCUGCCAACUUUUGUCCGUCGCAGAUAUGAGCCGGAGAGUGUCUCAGAUGCAUCCUCAAGUGGAUCUGAAAGUGGAAGGUCCUCUUCAUCCUCUUCGGAGACAGCCUCAUCCUCAAGUUACACCAGUGGAAGUGCCUCCGCCUCCUCAUCUGCUACAGCUACUGCUGGUAGUCCCAUGCUCCGGAUGAAAGGCGCCCUGGCAGCCUUCAGGAGGAAGGUGGCAUGGCGUCCUCCCCGACAGGCGCCAGAUGUUACAGUUGUUCACUUGCCCAUGUCUACCAUUUAUAUUGAGAGUGACAAGCGCAGUGCUCGCUCUCACUCCCGAUCUGAACUUGAAGCCAUGACAGGGCCACGUCGUGGAAGUGAAUCCCGUGACGUAGGCGAGGAUUUCGAGAUGUUGCUAAACAGGCUGUUUUCCAAUGAGAGCAUUGACCAUAUUACCCAAGGACUUGUUGGUCAGGUGCAGGGUGCGAUGCAAGACGGUGGUCCAUCUGGUGCCCCAGUGGCAGCAGUAGUUCCUGAGGCGGUGUACGCUAACACAGAGGGGGCGCUCAGGAACCUGCUUCAGCCAUACUUCACCCCGCUUGUGGUUUGCAAUUCUCCAGAGCAUGUUGCCUCACAGAAAACUCCCAUCUACGGGUCCCUAAAAGAAGAAGGUAAAAAAACUGACUUUGCAAGACUCACUGAACUGCUCCUUGCAGAAUUGGAAAAUGCUCAUUCUGCUGCUGUGCUCGGAGCUGAAGACAAUGUCAAAGCCUCACCGUCACACAGCGUGGGCCAAAGCUGUCAAUCCAAGACCUCCAUCUUGAAGACCGGCACGGCGGGACAGGAGUCCCCACGCCAGAACAGACGUCAGCGCAUAUUUGAUCUGUUCAGCAAGCUGAUGGUCCAUCAGGUCAUGGAUAAAAUGCAUGAGGACUCAGCAGCAGCACAACAAGAACAGGAGAACGUGAGAAGGUCUUCCACAGCCGCUGCAUCUUUGCUUCUCAGUGACAGAAAAGACAACGGCUGCUUUGUCACUGUACUGCUGUUGAGGCUGCUGGCCAAAAUGAGCGAUGGAUGCUCCUGCUGUGGUGCCGAGAGGCUGGACCGGGACGUGUUAGAAAAGCUCAUUGAGGAUCUUCUGAUUGAGUUCACCAGCAGUGACCCAGGAGGAUGUCCAAGCUUCGAUGACUACCUCAAGAACCCAAAGAUUCAGACCAUCUACAGGGCCAUGGAUGCGUUCCUACUGAAGGCGUUUGGGUCAGACGCCAUCCUGAAGACGGCCGUCGACACACAGGAUGAAUCGUUUGAUGCAACCUUAUUGGCACAAUUAAGAAAGGAGCUGUUGACCCAGCGUAGCUCAGAAGAUCCUGCUGCUGACUCGUUUGAUGCGACCUUAUUGGCACAAUUGAGUGAGGAGCUGUUGACCCAGCGUAGCUCAGAAGAUCCUGCUGCUGACUCGUUUGAUGCGACCUUAUUGGCACAAUUGAGUGAGGAGCUGUUGACCCAGCGUAGCUCAGAAGAUCCUGCUGCUGACUCGUUUGACACGACCUUAUUGGCACAAUUGAGAGAGGAGCUGUUGACCCAGGGCCACGGCUGCUCCCAGGGUAACGUAGAAGAUCCUGCUGCACCAUCUACCGCAACUGACUUGCCGUCACUCAGCCCUGUGCCUGAUGUCACCUCUGGAAAAACAGCUAAAAAAGUCAGAAGUAAACUCAAGAUCUUUAAGAUGCGCAGCGCUAAGAUUGCACCAACUAAUGAUGCUUCUGACAUGGGUCUGGCGUCAGAGACUACCGUCACUCGUGCCCUAUCUGAUGACGGCAUUGCUACAGCACCUUCUGGUGACAGGAAGGAGCCUCGUAAACGCCGGGCCUGGUAUAAGAAGAUCUUCCAGAGACUCAGCUGUUUUGGAGGCACGGCUGAGAUCUGACCUGUCCAGACCAUGCACCACCUAUUGCCUCUACCUCUACC